AUGAAAGGCAGAAGAUGGGGUACAAUGUAUGAUCUUCAUAUAUUGAUAUUCUUUGAAAUAUCAGGCAUUCCAGUUCAUGUGACCAGUGCUAAAAAAGUUUUCUUUAAAUACCCUGCUCAGCAUCAAAUUUUAAUCUGUUGUGAUGGUGCAUCCAAAGGGAAUCCAGGUCUAGCUGGUAUUAGAUUUAUUGCAAGAAACCAUGAUGAAGAUUACAUGGGAGCUGCUUCAGGUGGAUUAGUGAUUGCAAAAAAUUAUUUGGCAGAAGUCAUAGCAUUGAUUGUUGCAGGUGAGUGGGCUAUCACAAAACAAUGGGAGGAAGUGUGUUUUAGCUUGGAUUCAAAAGUGGUUAUACUAGCAUUCAUGAGCAACAAGAUUCCUUGGAUUGUUCUAAACAGAUGGAUCAAGAUUAAGAUGAAUAUUCCUAAAAUAUCAUUCAGGCAUUCUUAUAGAGAGGUGAGUUUCUCUGCAGACUCAAUGGCAAAGAAAGGGGUAUUACUCAGUAGGGGAGAGGUGAUGUACUAUGAGGAUAAACCUCAGUUUUUAAGAAACUUGGAAACUGAAGAUGGUUUGUAUUUCAGGUUUUAA